GAGGAUGCAUUCAGAGCACGCAGAAGUGGCAAGCACAGGAAAAGGAGCAUCGCCGGGCGGAGGCCGGGCCAGAAGCGAGCGGGGAGGAGCCAGAGCCGGAGCGGCGCUGGCCGCGGCCGGGGCGCGGGGCAGGCGGCGGCGUGCGGCUGCGGGAGAGAUAAAUGAGGAGUCACAGCGAGGAGGCGAUUGCAGCCAAGGGCACGGAGCAGCCCCUGCCGAGGGAGCUGCCGGCGGGGAGCAGGGCGAGUCCGGCGGCUCGGGCCGCCGCCCCGCAGCAGCGCUGACUCCGGGGCGCAGCUGCUGCUGCUGCUGGCUCCUUCUGCAGCCAUGGCAUCCAAUGGCACAUUCCUCGCCUGCAACAGCCUCAAAGAUGACAAGGACCUGAAGUUCCUCCUGAAAGGCAGCCAGCUGCUGAAAGUGAAGUCAAGCUCCUGGAGAAAGGAGAGGUUCUAUAAGCUCCAGGAGGACUGCAAAACCAUAUGGCAGGAGUCAAAGAAGGUGCUGAGAUCCCCAGAGUCACAGAUCUUCUCCAUUGAAGAUAUCCGGGAUGUGAGGUCAGGCCAUAAAACAGAAGGUAUGGAAAAAUACGCCAAGGAUGUCCCAGAGUAUCGCUGCUUUUCCAUCAUCUUCAAAGACCAGCGGAAAAACCUGGACCUUAUUGCGAGUUCAGAGGAUGAUGCCAACCACUGGAUUGCUGGCCUUGGGAAAAUCAUAGCCCACAGCAACUCCAUGAACCAGAAACAGAAACUCCAACACUGGAUUCACACCUGCCUGAGGAAAGCUGACAAAAACAAAGACAACAAGAUGAGCCUGAAAGAGCUCAAAGACUUCCUGAAAGAAGUGAACAUUGAAGUCGAUGACUACCAUGCCAAGAAGAUUUUCCAGCACUGUGACAAGUCCAAAACAGAGGCUCUGGAGGAUGAUGAGAUAGAGGAAUUUUACAAGAUACUGACAGAAAGGAAGGAAAUAGACAGCAUCUUCCAAAUGUACUCGAACCCAGAAGGGUUCAUGUCCUGCCAGAACCUGGUGAGGUUUCUCUAUGAGGUGCAGCAGGAAGAAGAUGCUGUUGUUGCUGCCCCUGCCUUAAUUCAGAGAUACGAGCCCAACGAAAGAGCCAAGAGGGGCAACGCCAUGACCAAGGAUGGUUUCCUGAUGUACCUGCUGUCAGACGAGGGGAACAUAUUCAACCCCUCCCACCGGAAAGUUUACCAGGACAUGACCCAACCUCUCAGUCACUACUUGGUGUCAUCCUCACACAACACCUAUCUCAUGGAAGACCAGAUCACAGGGCCAAGCAGCACAGAGGCCUAUAUCAGAGCCCUGACCAAAGGCUGUCGCUGUGUGGAGCUGGAUUGCUGGGAUGGCCCCAACUCAGAGCCCGUCAUUUAUCAUGGCUACACUCUCACCUCCAAGAUCCUCUUCAGCGAUGUCAUUAAGGCCAUCAAGAACUAUGCAUUCAAAACCUCACCAUACCCUGUCAUCAUCUCCCUGGAGAACCACUGCAGCGUGGAGCAGCAGAAGGUCAUGGCCCAGCACAUGACCACCAUCCUGCAGGACAUGCUCUUGGUUGCCCCAGUCGAUGGAAACAAAUCCCAGUUCCCCUCCCCAGAGCAAUUGAAAGGGAAGAUCCUGGUGAAAGGCAAGAAGCUGAGCAGGCAGGAGGACCCCAUCAAUGGGAACAACAACCUGGAGGCUGAGGAUGUCUCUGAUGAAGAUGAAGCUGCUGAAAUUGAAGAUGAAUCUGUGAAAACCAAGGUAGAGCAGAAGGGAAAGAGUGACACCUUGAAGCUGGCCAAGGAGCUGUCAGACACAGUUGUCUACUGCAAGAGUGUCCACUUUGAAGGCUUUGAUGACCCCAACCAUCCUCGGGCUUUCUACGAGAUGUCGUCGUUCUCGGAGAGCAAAGCUCUGAAACUGGCCCAGGAGUCUGGAACCAGUUUUAUUCACCACAACAUCAGGCACCUGAGCCGUAUCUACCCUGCAGGCUGGAGGACGGAUUCUUCCAACUACAGCCCCGUGGAGCUGUGGAACGUCGGCUGCCAGAUCGUUGCCCUAAAUUUCCAGACAGCAGGCACAGAAAUGGAUGUGUACCAGGGUCGGUUCCAGGACAAUGGGUUUUCUGGGUAUGUCUUAAAGCCGGAAUUCCUCCGGGAUGAACAAACCAAAUUCAAUCCAAAAUCCAUCACAGAAGGAACAUGGGGGACAAAGAAGAAGCUGCUGCUUAAAAUAAUCUCUGGUCAGCAGCUGCCAAAGGUGAACAAAAGCAAAAACUCCAUUGUGGAUCCCAAGGUAACAAUAGAGAUCCAUGGUGUCCAGCAGGACAACAGCAAGAAGCAGACCAAAGUCAUCGAAAACAAUGGCUUUAACCCAAACUGGAAUGAGGAGUUUACAUUUGACAUAGAGAUCCCUGCACUCGCCUUGGUCCGGUUUGUGGUGGAAGAUUUUGACAUGUCGACCAAGAAUGACUUCAUCGGGCAGUACACCCUUCCCUUCACGAGUCUGAAGCAAGGUUAUCGCCACAUCCAUCUCCUGACCAAGAACGGAGACCCUUACUCCUCCUCCACCCUCUUUGUCUAUGUCAAUAUCCAGGACUGUGAUUAGCAGCCUGGCUCCUCCAGGCCACCGUGGGCCUCCUCACAGACCUGAAAGGAAUUCAGUGUGUGAGCCCUGCCAGUGCCAGGGUCAGUCCCCAGCACCUCCCCUGGAGCAGCGCUCGGUGCUCCGUUAGGACUCCGAUGUGAAACAGCCAUCGACCUUCUCCCUGCUGCUGGAAACAUCCUAAUGCUGCUGUUGAGAUUAAUCCUUUUGUACCUGUUCAACCAAUCCAGCUGUGGUUUUAGUUCACUUUAUUUUUUUUUUUUUUUUAAUGUUGCUUUUAGCGAGAGGAUAGGGACUCCUUUUUUUAGUGAACUCUUGGGUUGGGCUUGGUCAGGCAUCUGGGCAAAGCACCCAACAUCUGUGCAAGGAAAAGUCUCCCUCAGCACUGCAAUCAGUGGCCAGGUGCCAGGUGGCUUCUUGCAACUGCAGGUGUCAGCCAUCCUUCACCACAUGAAGUCCUAAACGGGGACACGAUUCCCCUCCUUUCUGUUACAGAUUAAAAAAGAAAGCUGCACUACAAAGCCCCGUGUUAUGUAACCCGAGUUUCCUUUUGUGUUGCAAUAAAAAAUACAUGAGCACU